CGGAGUGGUCCUAACACAUGAGUUAAAGCAGGCCCCUUGAGCAAAGAUGUUGUCUCGAAAUCUAAUAAUAUUUCCCAUCCUGGCAUAUCUGGUGGUUACAGUUGCUGCUGCUCCUGUGGAAGAUAAAGAAACAGAAGAGGUUGAAAAUGAUGAUACAGAUGAUGCAGAUGAUGAAAUUUCUGAGGAGGACAGAGACGGUGUAGUGAUUCCACAGUGGCCAACUACAUCAUCAAAAGAAAAGGGUCCUGAAAGUAUGCCAGGGAGUGUAUCUGAACAAGUUCAGGUAGUGGGUGAGAAAAAAAUUGGAGAGAAUAAGUUCAUGACGUAA